AUGGUCGACCCUCCACCAGCAGUUAACAACACGGAGGAAACUGUCGCACCGCCACCAGCCGUAAAUAAUAGAGAGCCAACGGUCACGCCACCACACGCAAACUUGUCACCAGACACGUUGGAGAUGAUCAUUUCAACGGUCACAACCAGGGUCACAGAUGCCCUUAUACCUCUCCUCCCACAGCGGGUUCCUGCUGAAGAAGCUUAUACACCAGUGGAGGUUCCACCCCAAACGCGUACCGAUGCAUUGGUGGAGUCAGCCAUCGCCAACGUUCGGGGCCAGCUCUCAGGUGAGAAGGACCCUCCACCACCCCCUACACACGACCUUCAGACAGUCCAAUUUUCGCUCGACACAAGAGUUUCCACAAAGACGAAGGCGAAGAUUUGGAAUAAUGUAUUUUUAGAGUUUGGUAUUCUAUUAAGCAAUCCCUGGUCAGAGGACAAAUAUCAGUUAAGUGUCUCAUCAUUUAGUGGGGGCCGGCAGCCCUCAAUUUGCCUAGAGCCCACUACGCGGCCUAAACGGAAUCUGACUAUGGAGAUGUGGACAUCAGCCUUCAGAAUUUUUGUGGCGGUUUAUACCCAGAAAUAUCCCAAUGAUGCCCCAGCCCUCAUGAAAUAUGUGGAAACCAUAUUUCAGUUCAUAUUUCAGAAAUCAUUCAUUUCAUAUUUCAGAAAUCAGUCGAAGUCGAAGGUGAAAAACCUUAAGGACACCAAUACGCGAAGGUGGUGGAGGGAAGUUAAAAACCUAACAGGACAGUCAAUGAGCCAAGGGGAAUGGUAUAGUCAGUUAAUAGACGAUUCCUCCAUCGCCAGCGUGGAUAAUCUGUGUAAGAAGAUCAACGAGUUCUUCGUUCAGCUAACGUCUGAUUUUAGACCUCUGUUACCCCACGACGUCACAGCCAUUGUUGUUCCUGAUGUCCCGGAUCAUUUCCUGGUAUCAUCGUAUGAGACUUAUAAGUCUUUGCGAGGGAUUCUCACCAACAAGGCACCUGGACCGGAUUGGCGUUAUUAUGAUGAAACAUUCCGUACGCUGCGCCAGGUAAACCCCUCCCUGUUCGCAUGGGCCAAUAUCCAUUCCGAAUUGUGGCUUCGGUCACAUGUUUCGGUAACUAAAUCUGCCAGUACCGGAAGAAUUCCAAACAAAUCACACCAGGCUAUCCCAAAAGGUUUCUGUUACCGUUUCCACAGUGGCAAGGCAUGUUCGAGUUGCAACUUCAAGCAUGCAUGUUAUCUCUGCAGUGCUGGUAGCCACCCUGCCACUAAAUGUUUUCGUCCCCAACGGCAACAACCGGGAGGACAAUCGGAACAUGCCAGGCCCCAAUCUUCCAACCCCGAUAAAAAGUGAACGUUUUUUACAUUUACUUUCUGGGUAUGAACCAGCCAUUUUUGCUUAUCUGUCUAAGGGUUUCAAUUCAGGUUUUUCCUUGCAUUUUGAAGGCACAUUAGAACCCCUUGAAUCUCAGAACCUGCUUUCGGCUUCUGAAAUUGUUGAUGCCAAGGUCUUCAAAGAGCUGGAGGCCCAUAGGCUUGCAGGUCCCUUUGCAAUCCCACCAUUUUCACCCUUUCGGGUAUCUCCCGGUGAAUUUAGGCUUAUACAUCAUCUUUCUUUCCCUAAAGGGAUUUCUAUCAAUGAUGGCAUAAUGCCAGCCAAUACAAGCGUCCGUUAUGCCACUAUAGAGGACGCAAUUCGAUUUAUUCGGCAUAAUGGUACCGGCUGUUAUCUUGCUAAGACUGACAUAAAGAAUGCAUUUCGCAUAAUUCCUAUCAAUCCUAAGGACUACCCCUUGUUGGGUUUUAAAUGGAGACUCUUACUAUUAUGAUCGAUGCAUGCCUAUGGGUUGUUCCAGCUCCUGUAAAACGUUUGAAACCUUUAGUACUGCUGUGGAAUGGAUAGCUAGGAACAAAUUACAUAUACAUUCAAUCCUC